AUGCAGUUAUAUACUUCAGAGCCAGAAAAGAAGAAAAUUAGGAAGGUAUUACAUGGAAACGUCCUGGUAGAAAUUCUCUCAAAACUGCCUGCCAAGUCUGUACUCAGGUUUAGACGCGUCUUAAAAAAGUGGUAUGCUCUCACCAAAACUUCUUAUUUCAUUGCUAGACAUGACCUUCAUCGUCGCUCUCGCUCCGCUCAGAAUCAUGGUCUUCUCCUUGUCUCGACAUAUCUCACCAAUGAAAAAUCUGACAGACUUCUAAUGAUGUCAUUGCAUCCUGAUGAUGAAGAAUCAAAACUUUUGCCUACUUCUUUCCUCCCCAUCCCGAAACAGAUAACCUUAAGCAGCGGGAAACUUUUUGGCUGUGUGGGAUCUAGUAAUGGUUUAGUUCGUUGUCUUCUGCUGCCCAUUGAGAAUGAGAAUGAAAAAGAGAAUAGUACAACUGCAGAGGUGGAGGAGGAGGAGGGAGAUGUAGAAGAAAAGGAUGCUGCUCCUGCUCCUGCGCAUACUGAUAUAUUAGUAGUAUGGAACCCAGCAACAGAAGAAUUUAGGUAUCUCCCGCAACCACCUAUUAAUCCUUUUGAGAAGGAGGAGGGCAUUGGCAUUGACAUACAACGGGAUCGUCAUAGGAAUUAUGUUUUAGGUUUUGAUUUCUUACCAAAGAUUAGUCAAUACAAAGUGGUGAGAGUUUUCCCGGCACCUCAUCCCGGUAAUGAUCCCGAUUCUGACGAUGAUGCUGAUGGAAAAGUUGCCAUUUUCCAAGCCCAAGUGUUGCUCCAAAGUACAAAUUCAUGGAGAGAUGUCAAAGACAAAUUAGAGUUUCCAUCAUUUAAAAGUACUUGUCUAACAUGUGAUGCGAUUACCUUGAAUGGAGUGAUGUAUUGGUUGGCAGAGCAAUCGUCGAGCGAGUUCUAUCUCGUGUCAUUCAAUUUACGUGAUGAGGUUUUUCAUUUGAUACCACUACCAAUAGAAUGGCGCCGUCUUAAUGUUCAAUAUUAUUUACAUCCGUGGAAUGGUUCAGCUGCAAUUUUGACUAGUUAUUCAGAAAAUGGCGAUUAG